AUGCAGGCCCAAAUUGUAGCAAUGGCUAAGAACAUCAAGCAAUUGACUUUGGCUCAGGCUAAAUCGAAAGUGGUCGACAAGCAGACUGAGACACCAUUAGAGGAAAAGAAUGAAGAGCAAAAGAGUCAGAAUAGCGGGGUGCAACAAGAAAUUGAAGAAAGUAGACACAUGCCAGCUCUACCUUUCCCUCAAAAGAUAAAGCGGGAGAAACUUGACAAGUGUUUUGGGCGAUUCUUGAAGAUGCUCAAACAACUUUAUGUGAACAUACCGUUCACAGAAGUACUCACUCAGGUGCCCGCUUAUGCAAAGUUCUUGAAGGAGAUCCUGUCAAGUAAGAGAAAAUUGGAGGAGACAACAGUGGUCAAGCUGAAUGCCCACUGUAGUGCUAUAUUGCAAAACAAAAAUUCCUCAGAAGUGUGGGGACCCAGGAAGCUUCACCAUACCAUUCUGACCACCAUUCUACCUGAGGGAAUCAUUAAAGAUAAUCUAGUACGGGUGGACAAGUUUGUGUUCCCCGUCGAUUUUAUUGUGGUGGAUAUAGAGGUGAACAAAGAGGUACCUUUAAUUCUGGGGAGACCAUUUUUGUGUACAGAGAGGUGUAUUACCCAGUCUGGCACAGUGGAUGAUGAAGAUCUUGAAGUAAAGAAAAAGGCUGAAGCUCUUGAAACGGAGGAGCAAGUGGUUUAUGAGGAGGAAAUAAAAGAGGAGGCUUCUAAUCCCAAUGUGGAAUUGAAAGUCCUCCCCACUCACUUGAAAUAUGCUUUUCUUGAAACUAAUAACUUUCCUGUGAUUAUUUCUGCUGAUUUGAUAGGUACACAGGAGCAAUAA